CGCAGAAAGGCCCCGCAGCGCUGACUGUAAUUCUCUAAUUCAGUUCCCGGCGUUGUCUUCACAUUCAAAAAAACGAGAGCGGCUGUUCCUGACAGAAAGAAAAGAGGGAGAGCGGCUAUGGUUGCAGAGUAACGGAUAUCAACAAUCUUCGAUGCAGAAGCAGUUCUUGGCCGCAUGCAAAAGCUCGGCCAACACCGAUAAGCCUCUCUCUCUUCAAACCCUAGCCUCCUUUAGGUCUCACAUAAUCAACCCUCACACCUCUGAUACCACAAUAUCUGUGAUCGUCGAAACCCUAACUCGCUUUCUCCAGCUGAGUUGUGACGCCUCCGCUUUGCACCACACUCUCAAGCUCCUCGGAGACCUUGCCUCUUGCCGUCCCAACCUAACUUCUCUAAUCUUCGACUCGGUUCGCUCCAAAUUGUUCAGUUCGGCUGAGUCUACUCUUCUGUCCACGUAUUCACUAGCUGUGCUGGCUUCAAUUUCUAAUCUCAACCCCAAUUUGACGAUCGGUGUCGACCACCAGUUUUUUGUUUCCCUAUGCUUUGGUCCGUGCGUGUCCGCGCGGUUGUGGCUCCUUAGAAAUGCCGAGAGGUUUGUCCCGAGGCCAUACGUGUUGUUCCCGGUGUUUCUUGGCUUCACGAAGGAUCCAUUUCCUUAUGUGAGGAAAGUUGCUUUAGAUGGACUUGUUAGAUUGUGCAACUCUGGCUUUGUUUUCAAUGAUCAAUAUAUGGUUGAGGGAUGCUAUUGUCGUGCUGUUGAGCUUCUACGUGACGAGGAAGCUUGCGUGAGAGCUGCUGCUGUUCGAGUGAUCGGUGGAUGGGGUCAUAUACUUUCAGCUUCUUGUCAGAUGGAAAAUGCAACAGAAUGGCCAGAUGCAGUAUUUGUCCAGCUCUGUUCUAUGGUAAGAGAUAUGAGUAUGGAGGUUAGGGUCGAAGCAUUUAAAGCCCUUGGGAGGAUAGGAAUUGUAUCUGAUGACUUAUUGCUACAAACUUUAUCCAAAAAGGUAUUGGGGAAAAUUAAAGAAAAUAAAUUUCUUCUUAAUUGCGCUGCUGAUUGGUUUAAAAUAUCGGCAUCAAGUGCUGCAGGAGCUUUUAUGCAUGGGCUUGAGGAUGAGUUCUAUCAGGUGCGAAAGUCUGCCUGUCACUCCCUGCGUACCUUUGCGAUUUUUUCUUCUGUGUUUGCUAGUGAAGCCCUAAACCUGUUGAUGGACAUUCUGAAUGACGAUUCAGUGGAUGUCAGGAUAGAAGCUUUGCAGACAAUGCUUCAUAUGGCCACUUGUGAGCAUUUAAAGGUACAAGAGAUGCACAUGCAUAUGUUUCUUGGCAAUCUAGUUGAUAAUAGUACUUCCAUCAGAUCCACUACAAGGAAAAUACUUAGAUUGGUGAAGCUGCCUAAUUAUGAGUUGUUUAAACUAUCUGUUGAUGGCCUUCUUGAAAACUUGGAGAAAUAUCCUCAGGAUGAAGCUGAUGUAUUCUCUGUUUUGUUUUAUAUGGGUCAAAGCCAUGGAAACUUUGUGGUCUGCAUUAUCAACGAGAUUAUUGAAGAGAUAGAACCUGUUUCUGAUGGCUAUGAUAGUGUCAGAGCAGCUGCAUUUCUAGUACUAGCCAUCUCUGCUCCACUUUCAAAUGAAAAGUAUUUAUAUGAUAUUCCACCUAGAAUUUUUUCUUAUGCAGUUACGUUUCUAGGGAAGAUCUCUCGUGCAUUAUGUGGAGUCACAAGCCAAAAAUUCCUUUUGGCAUACUUGUCUCAGUGCAGUAGAUAUUCUAAUUCUUUCGAUGUAGAGUUCAAAGAUGAGGAGACCUCAUUGUCCGUGGUUCAAGAUCAUAUUCAAGGUCAUACUAGCACAUCAAGUUCUAAUGCUGUUACGAGGGCUCUGCUGCCAAUGGGUGAUGAGACUUCUGAGGUUCAGUCCCAGAGAUUAUUAGAGCCGACAUUGGUAGCCGAUUCAUGUUUAGAAGAUCACCUGGACAAGGAGGACCAAGUAAUGAAGUUUGUGAAUUCAAUCCUCGCAAAGGUCAAAGAUAUUUGGCUGCUGGUACAUGCAGGACGCUCACUUGAAGCCUUACGGAGUUUGAGGGCUUGCAAGGAAGAGUUGUCGACUUUCAGUAGUGAGACACUUGGGUCUGCAGAUGCAUUAGCAUUUACGUUGCAGUAUCUCCGAAUGGUGAAACUGCUUGCUAAGAUAUGGGAGCAUUUUUUACCUGCAAUGAGGCUAAGCUCCACUGGCAUUGGGGAGUUGGAGCUUCUAUUUGGAAAACUGGACAGCUUUCUCAGAGGAAUGAGGUGUAGAUUUAUUGGGUUAUCUAACAAAGAGGUUUUGCAUUUCUUAGAGGUGAUAGUUGUGACCUAUGUUUUGAGGUUAUCCAAAGUCGAAAUUUGCUGCUGCCUUACUACAAGAAAAAAACUUUCUGCCACUAUUUCACUCAUAGAAAGUCUCCUGAAAGAAGGAUCCAUUGAGCCUUCUGAUUUUAUUGUUGAAGUUACAAACUCUUUGCAUGAGCUUAGCACUUCUACCAGUGGCACAUCCUGUGGGCCAUUCCUUUUUAAUAAGUUAAUUGACUUGUUCUACCUUAAGCAAUUAACCUUAUCUGGCAGACUGAGUCACGUGAAGGCAGAGCUAGAUGUUCCUGAUAAUUGUUCUCAGAAACCUCUUUCUUUCAUCCCGGGACUACCAGUUUCUAUACCAUUAGAUAUUACUCUCUGUAAUAUUUUGAGUGAGAGUAGGCUGUGGCUGAAAAUAUGGAGUCAGGAGUCAAUUCAGUUUGUCUUUUUAGAUUUCGACAUACUAGGAGGCGGUGAUGAGAUGAAGAAAUUUACUUUUGUUGCGCCCUUUUAUCCAACUCCAAAGGCUGUUUGUUUUGCAUUAAUGGUUUGUGUGGGCAUGGAAUGUUUGGAUGAGGAUCUUCAAUUAGUUAAAUGUCGUGGAGGUCCAAAGCAUGCACUAACAUAUCUUUGCCCAGAAAAAGAAGUUUACCUUUCCAUGGUUUCUAAAGACUAGAGUUUUCUUGUUGCACUCGAAUUUAUCGGACCCAUAUGACUGUGGAGCCUUAUUAGUUAUCUUUUCGAUGAUCGUGGAAGUGGUCUUGAUCUGGAUAAAGGAUCUAUAUCAGCUUUUAUUGGUAACUCUACUUGAUAAUGCACUCUGUUUCAGUCAUGGAGACUGGCAACAUAGGUUAAGGCCCCUUCAUAAAGAGUUAGAGACAGUGGAAGGUUCUUUUUAGAAUCCUGCCAUUUUGGUGUUGAAGUCAAUGCCUUAGCUUUAUAGAUGAUGAUUGCUCAAGGUUGCACUAUGUGGAGGUCCCUGUUUCGCGAUGGACCAUGCUUUGACUUGCCAAAUCAGGGAUUUCUAAUUCCAGCCAGCAGGUGCAACAAGUUGCACACACUAGGUUGGAUUAUAAAGGCCUGCAACAUGGAAUAAUCUUCAUUGUUAACUCAUAGAGAUGCUAAUGGAAUUAGAACAUUUUGUUCUCUGUUGGGCUUCCCAUUGGUGUUGGAACAAGUGGACGUAGGGUUAAUUUGGUGGAUUACGGAAGGGGCCAUUGAAGAAGAUGUUUUCUAUCAUUUGAAUAUCAAUACUUGGUACUUGCGAUCAAUCAGGUUAUUGCUCUUCAAUGAACCCUUGGUGUAAUGGAGGAAUGGUGAAUGACUGGGAAAGAUGUGGCAUGCUCUCUCUUUUAUCGGGCUGCAAAUUGUCGGGAAAAGACAUCGACAGGUUUCGCCUAAGGAAACUGGGAUUCUUCUUGAGGAAUAUGAUGCUUUUGUCGAUAUAUUUGAAGGGUGUUCUCUUGUACAAGGCAACAUGUCAUAUGAGUUUUUAGGCAUUUCUAUAUGUGAGAGAGCAGCUUGAGGAGUUGGGUCCGACUUGCGCAGCUGUGAAUGAUAUGCUGCAGGUUUACUGCUGUGUCUUUUGUAGACCCAUUGUUGAUUAGUUGCAUAUAAACAGCGUCAUGCGCGUGGUAUUUACUUCACUCCCGUCCUCCGUCUCCUCUCUUUCCGUCUCCUCAUAGAUGGUGGGUUACACAUAAUGUUCAAUUCAAUUGAACCCAUACUUUUGUGAGGAGAAGCCUGACCAUGAGGUCCUAGUUAAAUUCUCAGAGGGCGGGGGAUGGGUAUUUCUUCAGAAUAGUGGAGCGGGGGAAUGACCGUAUUAGUGCUUAUGCCUCCUUGUAAGGCCUUAUUUAUAGAAAAAUCUAUUCAAUAUCAUGACGAUCACGCAAGCAAUCUUUCACAGGACCUGGGUCCUCCAAGAGUGCAGAAUAAGUGGAUUUUGAAUGGAGCUUGCGCAAGAGAUCCCGAUGUGCACAUGCAAUAAUAUGUAAAAAUGUUGGAGCUUACUGAUGAGGAUCAAUGUCGUAAACUGAAGAACAGUUACAAUCGGGUCUGCCAUCAUAAGAUCAAGAUGAGCCAGGCAUCUUCGGGCCCUUAAGAAGCUGACGUACACUGCCUUGGAGUGCAAGGAAGCGGCAGUUGUGUAGGAGUGAACAAUUAAUAAGUAUUAUAUUCCUUCUUUAAUUAGUUCUAAUUAACCGCCCAAAUUGUAGCUGGUGUUUGAGUCUAAGUAUAGUUAUUUACUUUCUGUUCAAGUAGGAGUCCAUGUAGUAGUAUGUUUAGGUCUAUGAGCUAUAUAAGCUUGACUAUUGUCAUGUUUAUUCAUUCAGCAAAUUAAUAAGAAAACUCUCGGGAUAAGUCUUAACCUUC